UAGAGGUACGAAGAACACCAGCGCAAAACCGUCGUCCUUCCUGGUGGCAUCAUCGUGUUUCAUCGCUAUCUCUUCCGUAAAAGAAGAAAUAAGAAAGAUGAACAAAUCGCGCAUCAAGUGGUGGCCGCAGUAUUUAGCAGCGAUUACAGCCACCUUGUCCAUGGCAACAUCCGGUUCUCAUAUAGGCUGGACAUCGCCGAUAUUACCAAAAUUAAAGUCUCCAGAUUCCCACUUGCCAAUAACCUCGGACGAUGCCUCGUGGAUUGCUUCGUUCGUUCUUCUCGGCUCGAUACCCGGCAAUAUCCUCGCAGCUUUCAUCGUAGAUUGGCUCGGUCGUAAAAUGUGCCUUCUGAUAGCGGGUAUACCACUAACGAUUAGUUGGAUUUUAAUCAUCGUAGCCUGGGAACCGUACGUUCUCUAUGUUUCGAGAUUCAUCAGUGGAAUCGGGCUUGGCAUUUCAUACGUUGUUUGCCCUAUGUAUAUCGGCGAGAUUGCCGAUAAAGAAGUGAGAGGAUCGCUGGGCUCCUUUAUCAAAUUGAUGGUAACAUUCGGCGAGCUGUAUUCUCACGCGAUUGGCCCGUUCGUGUCGUAUAAUUGUCUGGCUUACAGCUGUGCCGUAAUUCCUAUAAUCUUCUUUCUAACGUUUAGUUGGAUGCCAGAAUCUCCUUAUUAUUUGUUGAUGAUAAAUUGCGAGGAUAAAGCGACGAAUAGUUUAAAACGCCUGAAAAGGUAUGCGACAGAUGAUCAGUUAGAAGAAGACAUAGAACAAAUGCAGAAAACGGUUAUCCGCGAUCUCAGCGACAAAGGACACAUAUGGGACUUGUUCAACACACCAGGUAACAGAAGAGCCGUGUUAAUCAGCUUUGGCCUACAGUUGGUAUUGCAAUUCAGUGGUCUCGCCGCUAUAGAGUCGUAUACUCAGGAGAUUCUCGAGGAGGCCGAUACAGGAUUAUCCGCUGCAAUAGCAGUGAUCGUUUUAAGCUUACUUCAGCUUGUCGCCGGGGUUGGCGCUGCAGCUCUGGUGGAUAAAUUAGGAAGGAGGCCAUUGCUUCUUGUCACUACGUUACUCGGUGGUUUGUCUUUGACCGUUGCCGGAGGAUUUUAUCUGUUGAAGUUCAAACUGUUGGCGAAUAUGACUGGUUUUGGUUGGGUUCUUCAUGCCUCUGUUAUAUUUUACGAACUAAUUAUCGCGUUAGGUUUGAAUCCGUUAGCUUAUAUGAUGCUCGGUGAAUUAUUUCCGACCAACGUAAAAGGCGCUGCUGUAUCCAUAGCGAAUUUGUGGGCGUCUCUAUUGGCAUUCUUUGUUUCAAAAAUGUAUCAGGUUAUUUCCGAUUCUUGCGGUGUUUACACCUCCUUCGGUUGGUUCGCGAUCAGUUGUUUCCUUGGAAUCAUCUUUAUUAUCUUUAUGGUUCCGGAAACCAAAGGAAAAUCGUUGCUGGAAAUACAGGAAGAAUUAAACUGCAAGAAAGGAAGGAAACAGAAAAGCAUCGAAAACAAUCGGAAAGUUCACGUACAUACAUUAGCUUGA